AUGGCGGCCAGUUCUUCCAGUUGUGCUCGCGCGCACCAUCUUCUUAGUGUCCUUGCGCUUCUCGCCGCUGCUUUUAGUGUCACCGCCGCCAGCAGCAGCGCCAAUGGCGGCGGGAGCGUCAUCGUCGCCGUCGGGAAGAAGAGUGCGGUGCUGUCGCUGCGUGAGUUGGAGUGGGCUGCAGCCGCGAGGAAGAUCCGGGGCCGCUACGCGCAACCAAUGCAAGCUCAGAUCCUUGAGUUCACACCUGCUAUAGUCCUGUCUGAAUUUCUGAUAAGCACUUACACACUUGUCCCCAUCUCAUCUUCUCCAGGAGAGCAUAAGAAAGCAGAGUCAGCCAGAAGAGCGGCCACCGUGUUAAAACUGAAGCAACAUUUGCCCACCACCAUCCGCAGCCAGCCUGCCGGAACUGAACGUUACCUCACCCGCCUUCUCGCUGCCGACGAGGCGCGUGCUGCAUCGUUGCAGCUUCCCAGGGCAGCAUCCACUCAGUCCGGCUCUGGCCGCGGCCAGGCGGUGGCGGAGGUUCCGCUUACUUCCGGCAUCCGCUUCCAGACGCUUAACUACGUCACCACCAUCGCGCUCGGUGGCGAGUCCGCUGGCGCCGUCGCCAACUUCACCGUCAUCGUGGACACCGGCAGCGACCUCACAUGGGUACAGUGCAAGCCGUGCCGCUACUGCUACUCGCAGCAGGACCCGCUCUUCGACCCCACCGGCUCCGCCACCUACGCCGCCCUCCCGUGCAACGCCUCCGCCUGCGCCGCCUCCCUCAAGGAUGCCACCGGCGCGCCCGGAACCUGCGCCAGAAGCGGCAGCGGUAGCGAGAGGUGCUACUACGCGCUGGCCUACGGCGACGGGUCGUUCAGCCGCGGCGUGCUUGCCACGGACACGGUCGGCCUCGGGGGUGCCAGCCUCGAGGGCUUCGUGUUCGGCUGCGGCCUCAGCAACCGCGGCCUGUUCGGCGGCACGGCAGGUCUCAUGGGCCUCGGCAGGACCGAGCUCUCCCUCGUCUCCCAGACGUCGUCCCGGUUCGGCGGCGUGUUCUCCUACUGUCUGCCAGCGACAACGUCCGGCGACUCCACAGGGUCUCUCUCCCUCGGGCGCGGCGACUCAUCAGCCUACCGUAACACGACGCCCGUGGCAUACACUCGCAUGAUCGCCGACCCCGCGCAGCCGCCGUUCUACUUCAUGAACAUCACCGGCGCGACCGUCGGCGGCGCCGCGGUGACCGCGUCCGGUCUCGGCGCCAGAAACGUGCUCAUCGACUCGGGCACGGUGAUCUCGCGCCUGGCACCUUCUGUGUACCACGCCAUCCGCGCCGAGUUCACGCUCCAGUUCGGCGCCGGGACGCGGUACCCCGCCGCGCCAGGGUUCUCGAUCCUCGACACGUGCUACAACCUGACGGGGCUCGACGAGGUGAAGGUGCCGCUGCUGACUCUGCAGCUGGAAGGCGGAGCCGACGUUACCGUGGACCCUGCAGGGAUGCUGUUCAUGGUGAGGAAAGACGGGUCUCAGGUGUGCCUGGCCAUGGCGAGCCUCCCGUACGAAGACCAGAUGCCUAUCAUAGGGAAUUACCAGCAGAAGAACAAGAGGGUGGUGUAUGACACGGUGGGGUCAAGGCUAGGCUUUGCUGAUGAGGAUUGCAGCUACAUUUGA